UUUCACUAUCUCCAACGCAAACCAUCAACACAGGACAGUCGAGUCGCUACACUUUGUCUCAAUAUAUCAUUUGCUGUUUUCGCAUCAUACCCCCGGGCAGAUAUGUGCAAAUAUUCAGUUUUGUGUGCAAUCCUGGUUGUUGUGGUCGGUUUUGUGAUUGGAGACGAAAAUUUCAGACAACAGAACUCUUACGGGCAGAAAAUUAUAGUGUACCAAAACCCAAACAUAGUUUCGAGCACCAACCUCAUAAAACCGACGUCAUCAUCAGUCGCACACAAGCCAGGCGUGCCACCGCAUUGGACACAACAGUUAACAAGGCCGUCUUCGACCAGAAGACCCUACAUUCCCCCAAACAAACCGCUGGACCUCUACGGAAGCUCCAUAAUCCCUUUGAAGUUCUCUGAUAACGCGGCGAACAACUUGGUCGCAGAAAAUACAGUGGAGUCCAAGCCUCUGGUGAUAAAGAAGAACAAUUCGAGUAAUAGUCAACAACAUGCUUAUUCGGAGAAAGCAAAUGUAAUCGAUUGGUUUUUAGGAGUGGUUGGAAUCAAUAAUAAUGAUACUGGUACCCCUGCUCCACAGAAGGAAUGCCAAUCUUGCAGAUGCGGACAAACAUUUCAACGAGUAAGGAUUGUUGGAGGAGUAGAAACAAUGAUCAACGAGUAUGUUUGGAUGACGGCUCUAAUGUAUGGUAAAUCAUUUUAUUGUGGAGGUUCCCUAAUCAAUAAUAAAUAUGUCUUAACUGCUGCGCAUUGCGUGAACGGUUUCAAUAAAGAUAGAAUCACUGCUGUUUUCUUGGAUCAUGACAGAUCUAGCUCCACUGAGACCAAAACCAUUUCGAGGAAGAUUAAAAAUAUCCUCAGGCACCGAGGGUAUGGAUCCGGGGGUAAUUAUAAUAAUGAUAUCGCUCUACUUCAGCUGGACCAAGAACUGAAUUUGACUGGAAUGCUGAAGCCUGUAUGUUUGCCCCCAACGGGAAAGAGUUUUACGGGGUAUGAAGGAAUUGUAACGGGAUGGGGAGCCACCAAAGAACACGGCCAGACAUCAAGUAAACUUCGAGAGGUAAAAGUUCCCAUCAUGUCCAAUAUCGAUUGUAGAAAAACAGGUUACAAAAACAGGAUAACGGACAAUAUGAUGUGUGCAGGUUUUCUCAAAGGCGAAAAAGACUCUUGCCAGGGUGACAGCGGUGGGCCUCUACACAUUGUAAAUGGGACAAGUCACCAGGUUGUGGGAAUCGUUUCAUGGGGAGAAGGAUGUGCAGCACCGAAUUUUCCAGGCGUCUAUACGAGGGUGAACAGGUAUAUUUCUUGGAUAAGAAGUAACACUAGAGAUGCCUGCUAUUGUUGAUGAUUAUAAUGUUAGAGUAAUCGUUUUUAUUUAAUAAAUGUAUUUAUUUAUCUGGA